UUCGUCGUCUGCCGCCAUUUUGUUUGCAUUGCAUUUGAGAACGCGGUAGUGUUUGCAGCGCAAUAUUUCGAGAUUAUCGUAGCUUACGUGACCAAAUUUAACAAAAAAAUGUGCAUUUAAUUCGUACGUGAGGUGAUUACAUCGUUCUUACAAUACAUUGUCGCAAUACAGUGCUAUCUGUGAUAGAUAACUGAUGUGCGGUUGAAGACUGUGCGUGGUAUGUUGAGAGUCGACGUUCUGAACGUCAAGCAUUAUGGCGAAGGAGGUCGCGGAAGAAUAUGCGUCGAGUUUGGCAGAUCUGACGGUGAACAGCAAACCGUUAAUAAAUAUGCUGACCAUACUCGCGGAGGAGAACAUCGACCACGCCGGGGUUAUCGUUGAAACCGUGGAGAAGCAUUUGGAGAAGGUACACCCAGACAUCAAGCUGCCUGUUCUGUACUUAGUUGAUUCCAUUAUCAAGAAUGUUGGCGGAGCGUACACGCAGAAGUUUGCACAGAGCAUCGUUAACAUGUUUACUAGGACCUUUAAACAGGUUGAUGAAAAAGUAAGGUCACAAAUGUUCAAGCUCCGGGAGACGUGGCACGAUGUCUUUCCAGGCACCAAACUGUACCAGCUGGAUGUUAAAGUGAACUUAAUAGACCCGGCGUGGCCCAUCCAGGCACAGCCCCACCAAUCUAACAUCCAUAGUGUAGCAGCCACAAGCACCACCACAACAGCUCCAAUAACAACCACGUUGACUGAGGAGGAGGAGAAGAUGCGCAGUCUGCUGGCCAAGAAAGAGCAAGAACUAUUAAUGCUGCAGCGCAAGACAAUCGAAAUGGAGCUCAAGCAGACGCGCCGACAGCUGGAGGUUCACGAGAAAAGCUCUAAGAAGGUAAGUACAUACUUAGACACCAUUAUUAUUUGA